AAAUUAAAAGUAAUUAUAUGCAUUUUAAUAUCCUCUGUUUUGUUAAGGAUGAUAAAAAAAUAUGACACUGGAAGCAGGAAGCUCGUCUUUGUUAAUAAUGUGUGUUGUUUCUGCUCCUGUGCUGCACCACAGUGGAAGGUCGUAUUGCUAAUGAUCUCCGCGAGUGUUGUCCUCCAGUUGACGGAGGCGCAGAGCGGAGCAGAGAGCUUAUCCUUCCACGGCUACAUUCCUCGUGAAAAUGUCAGAGCGAAGGCUCCCAGAGGUGACGGUCAACCCAAUGACAUUUACCUCGAAAGUCCUCCCACACUAAAAGAUGGACAAGUGGUGUUCUACCCUCGUAACAUCAAUGGCCUCGACCUCGAGUACGGUCAGGACCCCGAGGAGCGCGUCUACCAGAUCCACGACACAAACAAACUGCAACACGACAAGGUCAAGCGAGCUGCUACUGUCGUCGAUAUCUUCGUCCAUCAAAACCCUUCCCUACAACAAUAAUAACGCUGCCCCUUCUCCUGCCCUUUCUCCCGGUUCAUUAACCACUCGUUAUAGAUACAUCCCGUUUGCCUCAUCACUUUCUCUCCAUAUACCUUCUUCCCGUUGAAUACCUCCCAAAUCAUAUCCUGCACUACCAGGAUGCAUAUUUUACUUUUUAAUAUUUCGAUAGCAAAUGCUUCAAAAGUCAUCUCCUUCUUCUCCAGUCUAACUACUCUACCUUUCUGAUAUCAGUUACCAAAGUUCAUAAUAAAUCCCUUUCAUAUCCACUCCACGAGUUGACCAUCCAGCCCCCUCACGUCUACUCCAGGAGUAAUCCUCUCACUUCGAAUAUUCUGAGUCCCCCAUCUUAACCAGCCAACUUGAUAAGAAUAUUUAAAUUGUCUUGUCCACAAAACAUUAUGGUCUCUCUCAUUCUCUUUGCUUAAGAUUACUUGAAGACUUCCUCGCUCCGGUACUCAUUCAGCAAAUCAGUCUAGUACUCAUAAACUCACCUGCCUAGUAAAGCCGACUUUCUCCUGUAUUAUUACAUCGCCUUAAGACUAGAAGCAAUCUCAAAACUUUAUUUUGGACAUUACGUUUCCCAAUUCUAUUGAGAAUUAUUUUAUUACUUGAGCCCUGAAGUAUCCUCUUACAGCUCUCGUCAUCUCUCAGACUCAUCCUAUGGUUGCCUCACUCCAGUUCCUUAACGCUUUUGAAAUAGGUGAAGGCAUCAUUUUUCUGAACUCUUCUGGGUAUUGCCCUUCUUGCAUACCUCUCGGCACAUUCUCACCUACGUUCAUUCACCUGCAACGUCCAUAAACAAAUCCUUCCCCUACCAUUCACAUGCAAUUCUUCAAUGAACCGUCAUUUAUACUAUCAUUCAAGGUUAUCUUUUAACUAAGCCCUUGAAAAACGCCGUUCUUCAAUUCAUCCUGCGUUUCAAACAUUCUCCAAGUAAUCAUUACAUACUUUCCUUCAAUACUACUUCCUGGCUGGAUCAGCAAGGAGAAGUAUUAUCAACAAGGCAUUAUAUAUUUCCUUUCCAAGUAAUAUCAAUUAAGGUAUUUAUAAAUUUGUAAAUAUAUAUUCAUACAUUCACACUCGCGUAUAACUCUCAAUAUUUAUAAGUCUGAAAUGCACGCUUUAUUUUGUAUUAUAUACAACAGAAAUAUCCCUCCCAAAAAUCGUGUGUUUGGCGCCAUAAGUAGUAGAGCUGAGUGGAAGAAUGUUUGAGUGUCAUUGUUUAUAUGAACGAUGUGAUGAUGAAAAUAAAAA